AUGCGGGCCAUCAAGAAUAUGCAGAAGAUCACCAAGGCGAUGAAGAUGGUGGCAACAGCCAAGUUCAAGAAGGACAUGAGGACGAUGGAAAACAGCCUACCCUUCGCAAAUCCGGUGCUCAACCUCUUCCAGCGCUUGCCUGUUGAGGAGAAGGCAGGUGGAAUCACUUACGUCGCAGUGACUUCGGACAAGGGUCUCUGCGGAGGCGUUAACACCGCUGUGGCCAAGCAGGUGCGCCUGGGCUUGGCUGCUGAAGAGGCGAAGGGCAAUGCUGCCAAGAUCAUGGUCGUCGGUGGCAAGGGCGUCGCUGUGCUGAAGCGUCUCUAUGGCGAUCGUUUCAGCACCACCUUCGAGGAGUGCUCCAAAGUGCCCUUCACCUUCGCCGCCGCCUCGGUCAUCGCAGAGCGGCUCGCUGCCAGCAAGCCGCCCCGGUGCAAGGUGGUGAGCAACGAGUUCAAGUCGAUGGUGUCCUACGACACGAUCGCCAAGCACACCUACACCGUUGACGAGGCCACCAAUAUGGACCGCGGGGAGUGGACCAAAGCCAUGGACGUCUACUCUUUCGAGCCUUCCAUCUACGAAGUCUGGCAGGACCUGCACGAGUUUUACUACGGAUGUGUCAUAUAUGGUUCCGUCAUCCAAAGCACGACCACGGAGACAGCACAGCGCAUGAACGCCAUGGAGAACGCUUCGAAGAAUGCAGGGGAGAUGUACGGAAAGGUGGAGCUCCAAUACAACCGGGCACGCCAGGCCAAGAUCACCACCGAGCUCUGUGAGAUCAUCUCUGGCGCUUCUGCAGUGUAA